UCUCGCUCUUGUGCUCUGGGAUGAAAAAGUGAAAAAGAAAAGGCUUUACUGACACCGGAAAUCCAGACUGUGUUACUCGAGUCUUUACUGCCGAAGCGAUAUCUGCGGCUUCCAUAGAGUUAUCUCUAUGUUAGCUGUUGUCAUCUCGUUGGCGGGUUUGCCUGCGCGGAGGUUGUCGGGAAAGAAGUGGUCUGCGCGCUGCGUGCGUCGAGCAGCGAAAGGGUUCGCGGGCUGCCGGCGGGUGAGAAAAAACUGAGGCGGACGGAGCGAGCGAGCCGGUGGGUGCCGCCGCCGCUGCCGCCGCCGUCUUAGCACAAUGGCGGGAGGAGGCAGCGCCGGCGAGUGGUGCCUCAUGGAGAGUGACCCAGGAGUGUUCACGGAGCUCAUCAAGGGGUUCGGCUGUAGGGGUGCACAAGUUGAAGAAAUAUGGAGUUUGGAGCCAGAGAAUUUUGAAAAAUUAAAGCCAGUUCAUGGGUUAAUUUUUCUAUUCAAGUGGCAACCAGGAGAAGAACCAGCUGGCUCUGUUGUUCAGGAUUCCAGACUAGAUACAAUUUUUUUUGCUAAACAGGUAAUAAAUAAUGCUUGUGCAACUCAAGCCAUAGUAAGUGUACUACUAAACUGUACCCAUCAAGACGUCCAUUUAGGAGAAACACUAUCAGAAUUUAAAGAGUUCUCCCAAAGCUUUGAUGCAGCGAUGAAGGGCCUGGCAUUAAGUAACUCAGAAGUGAUUCGACAAGUUCACAACAGUUUUGCAAGACAACAAAUGUUUGAGUUUGAUGCAAAGUCAACAGCAAAAGAAGAAGAUGCUUUUCACUUUGUCAGCUAUGUUCCUGUAAAUGGAAGACUGUAUGAACUGGAUGGUCUAAGGGAAGGCCCGAUUGAUUUAGGAGUAUGCAAUCAAGAUAACUGGAUCAGCGCUGUAAGGCCUGUUAUAGAAAAACGAAUACAAAAGUACAGUGAAGGUGAGAUAAGGUUUAACUUGAUGGCAAUUGUCUCAGACAGAAAAAUGAUAUACGAACAGAAAAUUGCAGAGUUGCAGAGACAACUUGCUGAGGAAGAACCAAUGGAUACAGAUCAGAGCAGUAAUAUACUAAGCUCUAUUCAGUCAGAAGUUGCAAAAUAUCAGCUGCUAAUUGAUGAAGAAAACCAAAAGUUGAAGAGGUACAAGGGGGCUGUGCAACCUGAACCCUCCAACAAGAUUGAAAACAUUAGAAGAAAACAUAACUACCUGCCUUUCAUCAUGGAAUUACUAAAAACUUUAGCAGAACACCAACAAUUAAUCCCACUUGUAGAAAAGGCAAAAGAAAAACAGAAUGCUAAGAAAGCUCAAGAGGCCAAAUGAAGACUGUCUUUUGAAAGGGGAAAGUGUGCUUCUGAAAUUUUUUCCUCGUGAAAAUAGCACUGCAAGACUUCUUGUAACAUUUAAAUUUGUCCCAUGCACGUUUGCCGAUUGUAACAGUUUGUCCUGUACCAUUUGCACGGGGUCUAUAAAUCUCUUUCUCCCCUCCCCCGCAUCAUGUGCAUGUACCACUCAGUAAUGGUUUUUAGAGUCUCUGUCAAUUCCAGUAUGUAACAGUAAUAGCUGACCAAUUUGUCAUAUUUAAUCAGGAAAUGCAGCUGCAAUUUGUAUAGACCCACAUUUGUGCAAGCAAUGUAGAUCUUUUUACUGUAAUGAACAUAUUUAAAUAUCUUGUCUCGCAGUGAAGCCUUGGAUGUAUGCUUGACUUAUUUUUUAAAAAUAAGUUGGACUUCCUUUGCUUAUCACCACUAACUGUUUUAUCUCCGAGUCUUUCAGUGGGUUGCCCUGUGUUCUUGUUUUUAUGGAGUUGUGUCUAAAUUUUUUACAGAACUGAAAGUACAAAUGAAAUGGUAGAAUCACUUACAAAGACCAAUGGAUAAGCUUAAGAGUUUAUUGCUUUAGUAGAACAAAAAAUAAAUAUUCCCAUUUUUAUUUUGGCAAAUCUUGUGUGUUGCAGUAUCACCAUCCAUGGAUAAUGUGAUUAAUUUCUUUACACAGUCUGUUUUCUCAAGCUAUUUAUGCGACACCAAAAUUACAAAAGAGAGGUUGCAGUAUUUUCCAGUAGUUGUUGAGAUGUUUACUCACAAUAUGGGGUUCAGUUUUGUAGGGGGUUUUGACAAAUUUUUAAUCUACCGUGCUCUGGUGUACAUCAUCAUGUAUAUAUUUUCCUGAUAUUCUGAAUUAAACAAAUGCUCUAUUUUCAUCCUU